AUGUCUUCUAGCGCCCCCCAGAGGAAAAAAAAAGUGCUCGUCAAUGGCUACAGUGGAUUUCGCAUCCCUCAAGAAGCCACUGUGGCGGCUUCGGCGGAUCCAAAAACGUUUUAUACGGAGUUUAUUGAGUCUAGAACUCCAGCGGUAGUGAAGCAUGAGGUUCCCAUCGCUAUAGCAGAUUUCAAACUCCUGCAAAUUGAAAAACGGCUUCAGUACGAUGAAUUGUUGCAGGUUGAGCGAAAAGUGGCCUUUGGUUUUGGCCUGGGUACGCAGCGUGAGCUGAAAACGCUUUCUCAGAUCGUAGACAAGUUGAAGCUGGGAGAUGAUACAUAUUAUUUGACUACACAGUAUGAGGCCGAAGCUAGCGAUGAGGAAAUUGAUGAAAGCGAUGACGAAAGCGAGGCUGACAGCGCUUUGGGGGGUCUUUUGCCAGCUGCGAAUGGAGGCGAAGAUUCGUCAGAGGAGUCGGAUUUUCCUGAGGAUUUGGACGGAGUUGACGACUUCGAUGAGAUGAACGACUCUGGAAACGAUGUUUCUGGAGAUUCUGACUCGGAAGAGAUCGACACAUUCACCUCUGAGAACUACGUUGUUCCUGAGUUUGAACUCACAGAAGAAGCGGCUUUGAGCAGAGUCAAGACGCUUCUCCAGCCUCCAUUGACCAACGUCGUUCAUCAUGGCGCCUUCCCCAUUGUUCCGAAACAAUUUGAGCCCUUGGUAACCCAGCAAAUAAACCUUUGGAUGGGCUGUGCCUCCAAGAGCUCUUCACCAGAUUUGAAAAACCCCACAGUGGCUUCUCUAGGUAAGUACGUGCCAAAAGGAAAUUCCUCUGGUCUUCAUCAUGACCACGCUGACAACUUAUAUCUCCUAGUUGAGGGCGCUAAAAGGUUCACCUUGUACCUGCCCGGCGAUGCAGAGAAAAUUUUCACAGUGGGGAAUAUCAGAAAAGUUUAUGCCAAUGGACUCAUCGAUUACUGUGCUGAUGAAAAAGCUCCAUUUUGGCGUCCGCUUCGUGCAGAUGGUGCAAUGAUCCUGGACUGGGCUGCUUGGAAAUUAGAACAAGAUGGAAUAUCCGAAAAGGAGAGAAAGUACCUUGAGGAUGCACUCAAAAUGGACUGUUACGCAAGUACAGAGGAUGGAAGCUCGAAAAAGAGCAAGGAUGAGCCAGAGGUUAAGAUGGACCCUCCUAGUUUCCUGACAGUUCCUCCCAUUCUUGCCCACUUGGACGAAGUUGAUGAUCCCGAGGCCAGAGAGGCAUUGAAGGCAUUUGCAGAAGAACAUUUCCCUGGCUUUUUGUCUUUGAAGAAAAUGGAAGUCUGGUUGAAGCCAGGGGAUAUGCUCUACCUUCCAGCGGGUUGGUUCCACGAGGUCACCAGCUUUGGUGAUGAUGAAAAUGCUCAGCAUGUUGCCCUCAAUUGGUGGUUCGUUCCACCCGUUAAUAAAGGCGCUUUGCCGUACGAAGACGAGUAUUGGGCCGGAGACUUCAAGGCUACUUUGGCUGCUCUUGAGUGGGCCAAAGAAAAGCAAAACAACGAUUUAUAG